UUCUCACGUAGUGUUCGUUCUCUAUCUGUCCGGCUUGUUUAGUGUGAAUGUGUGCAAUGGCCACCAGGUGGGGAAUUUGCGCUACUGGAAGGAUUUGCAAUGAUUUUGCAGUGGCUAUAAAAACUCUCCCUGCAGAGGACCACCAGAUCGUGGCUGUCGCAGCAUCAGAGCUUUCUCAAGCUGAAGAGUUUGCCAAGAAACAUGAUAUACCAAAGGCAUAUGAUUCUUUCACAGACAUGGCGAAGGAUCCUAACAUUGAUGUUGUGUACAUAGGAAUUGUUACUGCAAAGCAUCAUGAAUUCGGGCUGCUGUUUUUGAGAGCUGGUAAAAACGUCCUGUGUGAGAAGCCUCUUGCCAUGAAUGUGAAGGAAGUGAAGGAACUGAUUUCUGCUUCCAGAGAGAAUGAUGUAUUUCUGAUGGAGGCCUUUUGGACUCGCUUCUUUCCCGCCAUGUACCAGUUAAGACAGCUGUUGGCAGAGAAAGCAAUAGGUGAUAUAAAAGGUUUGAAUCUUGAGAUUGGAAUGAAAAUGGACCAUGUCCACAGUCCAUCCAUUAAAGAGAUAGGAGGAGGGGCCCUGCUUGAUCUGGGUUGCUACUGUGUCCAGUUGGCUUGUAUGGUCUUCACUGGGGAGAGACCAGAAGUUAAGGCCACAAGCAUUCUGACUGAACAAGGCGUGGAUGAAGUUACAGCCAUAAUUCUGAAGUUUCCUUCAAAUAGGUUGGCUACCAUUACCUGUAGCACUGCUACACAGCUUCCCAACAGGGCUGUGAUAUUUGGCACAAAGGGGACUAUUGUGAUUCCCACAUUUGUGUGGUGCCCUACUUCUUUAAUUGUAAAUGGACAUGAGAUUGAAUAUCCACUUCCACCACCAUCUCGACCACUGAACUACAACAAGAGUACAGGGUUGCGUUAUGAGGCUGAAGAGGUCCGACAGUGUCUUCUGAAAGGAAUGAAAGAGAGCCCUAUAAUGCCACUGGCAGAUAGUGAACUUGUAAUGAGCAUUUUGUGUGAGAUCCGGAGACAGUGUGGUGUGGCGUUUCCACAAGAUGCUACUUAAAUCGUGUACAAGGUGCAUGUUCCAAGUACUGGAUGACAGCUGAUGUAUCACGAGACUAUCCUGUUCAUCAUCUCUUUGUAUAUAGCGCUUCAGAAAGAAAUGAUUGGAUUAUUUUAUUUUUCAUAAAUAAAUAAGAUCUAGAUUUUG